AUGAUGGAGGCUUCUUCCGAACUGGUAGAAGAAAAUUCGCAUCCUUCUAGCCUUCUUGCAUAUAACGCAUUCCCGGGUCACCAGGACUUUGACUCGACAAUAUCUGAUGAGAAGCCCACUGCUGUUACUAGAACCGGUUUCUACGACCGCAAUCUGACGAGUCGCAGAUAUGCCCUUAUCGGAAUAGCAUGUUCAAGUAUCUUCAGCUGCUUAUGCAUCAUUACAGGUAUUGUCACUGUAGCCAAUCACGGAAUUGUGGGAGUAACCCCACUCGGGCUCAGCAUAGUCAAUCUUAACUACCCUCUUCAAUUGUCGCUGCAGUUGGAAAUAUCGACCCUGAUGCUUGUCUCAACCGUCACGUUAUGUGCCGAGGCUAUAGGCUUCGUACACGGCAUCUCAUUGCGCUCCGCGCUAGCCUCAGAGUCUCGGCUUCAUUUCAACACCAAUGUGCGCCUUCUGACCGCAGCUCGUGGAUGGCAUAACCCCAAUGGCACCCUGCUUAACGUUAUCUCGGUUGUCCUCCUCACUAUAUCCUACAGCUUGCCCUCACUCAUCGUAUGUGUGGACCAGCGAGUCCCACACAGCUUGGAUGGAUCCAUCAUACAAGAGAGCGCGAGCGUCGCCAUCGCCGGGUUACCUCUUCUCAUUUUAGGCGUCGCACUCCUCCUCCAGGUGACGAUCGCAUUAUCAGCGAUGCGGGCGGUCAAAAUUUUGACAUGGAGCUCCUCACCUUUCGACUUGGCCGCCGCACUCGUCCACCACACACAAUUGACCCCUAUUAAUUUCCGGUGCAUGCGUCGUGUGUCUGACCUAGACACGUAUGAAGGACCAGCGAAGCCACCAGAGACACAGCCCUCUGCUUGGCAUGCUCACCCUAGCAUCCGGAAAGUUGUCAUUUUCCUUUGGGUUAUCGUUACAGCAUGCGCUGGAUGGGCCGCACUCGUCAUGUAUAUCACGGACCGCUUUUUUUCCAGUGGCAAUGCCCUGACCCUAAAAACGUGGUCGUUCUUCCGAAAUUCUGAGGGAAAUGACAUCAUGUAUGAUCUACUGAGUGGCAGUCCUGAGGGGUGGAUUCUGCUCUUUGUCAACGUUGCGGUUGUCCAGGGACUGUUGACGCUUGGACUGCAUUGCUCGGAGCUCAUCGUGAAUGUCAUUCGAGACGAAAGACAGUGGAGAUGGGCUACCAGAAGGCAAGGACUUAGAAUGGCGACGAACCCGCUGGUGUCGAUCCUUAAUCAACCGAACUGUCUCAUACUUUUCAUCGCGAAACCUUUUCUGCACUGGAUGUUUGGGCUUUCAUUCGACAUAGGCAAAUACGCCAUUAACGACAACCUAAGCGGUUUUUUGAUAUUUAUGUACACUGCCCAGAUCUGGAACUUAUGCAUCGCGCUCUUUAUAUUUGCCUGUGUCUUUACUUUCGUCGCACUACGCCGACCGUCCGGUCCCCAGCCAGCUGCAUACGGCCACCUCCAGACGCUCGUCGACCUUGUGGACGAGUGGUCGCCUGUGAUGUGGUGGGGACACAAGGCGGAUGGAAUUCCGUACUGUCAUGCUGGGACAAGCGAUCACCCACUGCCGGAUGUGAAGAUGUACUGCGUUUAUGCUGGUUCUGGUGUUGGGUCACUGGUACCUCUCUCGUGA